AUGGGUCUGACGUCGUCGAAACCACAAAACAUCCUGUCGGGCCCACGAGGCCCAGCGCACCGAGACGCCUACGCGCUGGUCACCGGCGCGACUUCAGGCAUCGGCCGCGACCUGGCACACGAGCUGUGCAGCCGCGGGUUGAAUAUUAUCGUCCAUGGGCGGGACUCCACGCGCCUGGAGGUCCUCCUCAAAGAGCUCCGCGCCCAGCACCCGGCCUGCGACGUAAAGGGCUUCGUCCUCGAUGCCGCGACCGCGUUCAACGCAUCUGGCGAGGCCACGGAAGAGGCACGCAGGGCGAUCGCUUCGGUCGGCGGCCUGAAGAUCAAGGUCCUCGUCAACAAUGUCGGCAUGGGCCACAACCCGGCCAAGGACUUCAUCGCCUUCACGGAGCAGACGCCCGCCCAGGUCGCCACGAUUAUCCAGGUCAAUAUCUCGUUCAUGACCUUCCUCACGCACGCUCUGCUACCGGGCAUGCAGGAGCAUGCGGCUGCGGGAGAUCCCAGCUUCAUCAUCAACGCUGGCUCCCUUGCUGAUCUCGGUCUUCCUUGGGUCUCGGUGUACUCGGGCGCAAAGGCGUACAUCGCGGGCUUUAGCAAGGGACUGGACUCGGAGCUGAAAGGAGAGGGCCAGCAUGUGGAGGUCAUAUCUGCGCUCAUAGGCGACACUGACAGCGACGGGCACAAAGUCGGGACCAGUCUAUUCACGCCGGCUUCGAAGGAUAUGGCGAGAAUGAUCAUCGACUCGGCGGCCGGGUCCGGACCUGUAGUGCGCGCACCAUACUGGGGACAUCGAUUCCAGAUGUGGCUUUGCAGCAUACAGCCGUACAGGCUGCUGCAGAAGGGGAUGAUUUACAACGUGGCAGCUCUAAGAGAGAAGAAUGGGUUAGUGACCAAGAAGCAAGUCUGA